GUUAAACAGAAUUUAUACAAAGAAACGUGUAAAUGAUGCAACAUAGUAAAUAAACUAACAUAAAUGUGUAACAUUUUCAGAGUGGUAAACAUGUUGAACUACUAAAGAAGCUGUUUUGUCUAAGAAUUUAUUACACCCAUGAGAUCCUGGCGACCAGGUGACCCUCCACAAGAUGAUAAGAACUACUUUCCACAACUUACAAGAGUGCAAACAGCUGCUGUUAUAGGAACAACAAAUGUUAGUAAGCUGAAGUCAGUAUUAACUGCUUCUGCAUUUAAAGUUUAGUGCACUCAUAAUUGGCUAAUAACAACAAUAACAAUAAAAAUUUAGUAUAGUAAUAAUAAUUAUUAAGUUCCAACUAAUUUUAGUGAGUUAAUUAUGUAACAUUGUACAGGUAAAUGUAGAGAAAGAAUACUCUGUAGAUCACUAGAAAAAACUAUAGUUAAGGUUAGGUUGAAAAUAGUAAAAUGCCGGCAUUAAUAUGUGCAUAACUUUAAUCUGAAAAGGGCUUUUUAAAGCAUAUGGUGACGGCACUCAGUGGUUGGGUCAAAGCACCCAGUGCUGGUGCUAAAGUCAGAUUCAAGGAUUAGAGAAAUUAAUUUUCCCUGAUAGAAAUCAUACACCUAAACUGCUGGUUUUACAUCUUUUAACUAAGCCGCCCUUUUCUAACAUUUCUCUUUACAUCAUAACAGAGUCUGCCUUAUGACUCUGACGGGAUUUCCCUGAAUAAAUAAAAGUGUACAUGGGCACAUGUUUUUCAAAAAAUAUUUAUGAUCUAAAACUGAUUAAGUUGUGUGAUUAUACAGUAUUUUAUCUCAAAGAAUUAAGUUUAGAAGAUAAAACUAUUUGCUUAGUUGAAAAUCUGAUAAUCUCAAUUUGUAUUCAUGCAAUUUUUAUUUUGUUAUGGAAGAGUAAUGAUAAAAAAAUGUUAGGUCAUGAGUGCUCAUGACCUAGUGAAAAUCAGAAAUCGUAAUCGUAAUCGAAGUCAUAAGUGCGACAGAAUCGGAGCCAGAAGAAUCAGAAUAUUUCCGUUUUCUACCGACUCCGCUUUUGACUCCAUCGCUUACGUUCUGUGUAUGAUCUAGUGAAAACCAGAUUGUUGGAGUCGGAGGCAGAAGUGGAAAGAUAAACCUAUCACAAAGCAUCUUCCCACACUUUGUGAUUGGUUUAGUUCUUCUGCUUCUGCUUGUGACUCCGACGAUCCAGUUUUCGCUUGACCGUACAUGAUGGAGUCGUAAGCGGAAUCAGAAAAAUCACAACGUUUUUUUCACAUCAUAAAGUUCUAUGCUUGUGAUUAUGACUCUGACUCCGACUCCAUCACUAAAAGCCUAGUGAAAACCAUGCUUUGAUGUGAGUGUCAUUUUCGGAUUUUUUUUGUGUUAAUUUUUGACUCAGAAAAAGAAUAAAGUGUUGUAUGUGAUUGAUUAUUAUCAAAUUUUUACAGUUUAAAUUUUUUCUCACAAUUACAGGAAAUGACUCUAAAUGAUGGGGGAUUUCUUAAUGCAGUCAGGGAUGGAAGCUGUACUUAUGUGUUAAACUUACUAGACAAUGGAGGAAUUGACUUGGAACAGCAAGACCAGGUAAAGAAAUAACUAAUUAUUUGGUUCCAUUGGUUUACAAUAUAAUCAAUUCUACUGUGGCCCCAAAUUGCAUUAGGGUAAGUAUGCCAAUUAAUGAGCUGAAAGCUUUUGAACACCAGAAGAACAGUUUGGCAUCUAAGUAAAAAAAAAACGUGGAUUGUCGCUUUUAUUUUAGCAUCCAAGUACGUGAGUGAUCUACACUGUACUUUAGUCUUAAUCAACUGGGUCUCUAUUUUAAUAGAGACCUUUAGAUUCUAAGACGAGGACAACUAAAAGUACAAGAUUUUCUCGAUACUAGGUAGUGCUCAUGCAUGAAACAGUCUCAUUUUGGUGGGAAAACAUGAUAGCCAUUGUCAAUUUGCUACUACUAGUUUUACAGUGAGAAUGUUGUGCUGUGGGAAACAGAAGUGAACAAUUAAAUGUUAGAAGUUUUAUCAUUUUGCUCUCUAUGGAGGCCUUAACUUCCUUCAAUUAAUUAAGACAACAGUGCUAACAAUUUUCUAGUGAAAAAAGUACAUUGAAGCUUUCUUCAGGGUGUCUAUACUGUUUCUUCUGAGAAAACGCGAAAACCUUUGAGGCAAAUCUCGUCCGUUGUAGUAACAAUUAUUUCUCAUCCGUGAGUCUAAAAGUCUCUUUUUAUCUGUAAAUACACGGCAAUGUUUAGGACAAAGAUUUAUGGUGGCCCCCUUUUAUCUUGGGUCCUAUGUGCUUUAGAACAAUCUUCCUCUUGAUAUUAAGUCAUUGUCCCUUUUUAUUUAUGAUUUUGAGAAUUUUUGUAGCUUUGCUUUCAAUUUCAUACUGUGAGUCAGCAUUGAGAUUUUAUGUAAUUCACUAGUAAGAAAUUAUUGCUAUUCGAAUGGCUCAGCUAGAAAUUUUGUCUUUAUAUAACUAUGAACAAAUUCCUUUGCACAGAAAAUAUGUAAAAAAACACCUAUGUGCAAAAAUGUUAGGCUCGUGUUUUUUUUGUUUUUUGUUUUAAUAUUUACAGCUGAUGGCAGCUUGUGGUAGAAAAUGCAGGGUUGCAUGCAGUUUUGCUGAAAACUAUGUAACUGAUUGACACCAAUAUUUUAAUAAUAUAUAUAUAAAAUUCUAUCAGCCCGACAGAAAUUUUUCAACAUAUAACACUAUUAAAUUUUAAUUGUUUUUUCAACAGAAUGGUCAGACCCCUCUUAUCAUUGCUGCUGAAAUGGGAAAUGUGGAAAUUGUGCAUGAGCUGAUUAAAAAAAAUGCCCAAGUGAAUGCUCAAGAUCAUGUAUGUUUUGUUUUUUUAUUUUUGUAAUUUGUUGUACAUGUAACCUACCAACAGUAUCUUACAUGUAUUGAGGGCUUACAAAACCUCAUAAUUUAAAACUUUGUUUUUGAAAAGAUAUGGUAAUGACCCUUAGGGGUAUGUUUAUUUUGGAAAUGGGGAUUUGGAUGAUAAAAUGCUGCCGUCCAAGCUUAACUGUCAACAUGUUAAUGUGUAAAGAGGACAGUUUACGAGUUGUCCUGUGAUCCAGGGUGCAAAGAUAUAAGUCAGUUUUACAAAAGUAUUGCAAAAUCGUGAUUUCUUGCCCAGGUUUUUUAACCAACACAAACUCUGAAAAAAGAUUUUAUAUAAUUUAAUUAGAGCUGUUAUAUUAAAAUCCAUGUAAAGGAAGAUUUCCAUUUGGCAAAAAACCAAGCCUUGAUUUCCCAAUCAAACUUAUAUGGGUGAGGAAUUUAAUUUUAUUACUAAUUAUGGCAGAGAAGUUCUGACAAAAAAAAAAACAUACAAACAAAAACAAAGAACUCAGUGCUGUUGCAUGGUCCACAUUCCAAAGACUUACAUGUAAAUCAGUUGUGUGAAAAACCUGCACACCACCAAUAUUCUGUAAUGUCACAAUAUUGUUGCAAAUUCCAUGAUCAAGAUUUAAAUGACAUCGAAAAUUGAUUAUGCAUUGUACCUUUGCUCUGAACGAGUGAAAUCCAUGGUGCCCAGGAUACAUGUAGGAAUUCUAUUAAAAAUUAAGUUUUCCUAGCCGCCAAAGCAAAUUUAAGUCCAGUGGUGUAUGACAGUAUAGCUUGACUCAAACUGAUUUGCUUUUGUUUUUCUUUGUUUUUUCUUUCUAAGGAUGGCUGGACAGCCCUUAUAGCAGCUUGCAAAGAGGGGCAUUUUGAUGUUGUGAAAGAACUUUUAGAAAGUGGAGCAAAAGUUCAGUUGCCAGACUUGGUAAAUAGUUACAAUAUUUUAUUUCACCCUGUAAGAGUAUACUGUUCAAUUAUUUCUUUAUGACAGGAUCUCCUGAUAUAUUAUCUAGAAGUAGUAGUCUUAUCUAUACGGCCAUUCCAUUUAGUAUCCCACUCCCCUAUUGAUGAAAUUUUGAAAGUUUGAAGUUUUGAAAGUCAUUUCUGCAGGGAUUAGCUGUGUGUGGAAUAUUACUAAGGGGUAUGUAAAAAACAUGGCCUAUAUUUGAAGCGGGGCCGGGGGGCGGGGGGGUUAGUGUGUUGAUACUUACAACUUAUGUUGUCCGUGGGGGAGGGGGGAGGUGUGGCUAUUACAUGGAAUAGCCCAUAAAAGAUCUCAUAAAAUCAAACCUCACUCAGCAGUUGUCAGUGUAACUGGAUGUUGUGUUUAAAGGGUGGUUGGUCUCCUCUGGUGUGGGCAUCUUACAAAGGACAUUCAGACAUUGUAAGAGAGCUUCUGAACUAUGGUGCUGAUCCUAAUGAGAGAGGACAGGUAAGAUUACUUUAAUGCAACCCAUGUUGUUCAAAUGUUACGUGAAAUAUACCACUGUCCACUGGCCGAUAAUGAUUCAAUAAGCUUAACACAAAAAAAAGUUUACAUGGUUAGUUUUUAAAGUACAUGUAUGUCCACUUGCAUCAUCUAUCACGUUUUUGAUUUUAGCUUUGUUUCUCCUGGCUUUGCUUUUCUCGUAUAAGCAAAAUAUAAAGAUCGAGACUUUCUAGUAAAAAUUUGACAUUGGUUACUUUGGAUCGUUUCAGCUUUAUUUCUGCUGAGAUUAAAAAAAAAGACAAUUCGGACGAUCUACAAUCAGCAAACGAACAGAGAAAAAGCAAACGAGUAUACGAAUAAAAUACUUAGACAUUAUUAUCUAGCAGAUAUUCAUUUUUCUUGCAGAAGUUAAAGAGGCUUUUUGUUUUCUUUUAUGCUCUCGAUCGAGUGACGAAGUUGGCCGCCGUGAGCUUUUGUUUUGUGUCACGUGAUUGUGUCCUGCGUUUUACGCGCCCUUUAGGUUUCCUGACCCUACCCCUUCGAUCGCCGGCCUCUAGAAUGUUUAAUUAUUUAUUUAUUUGCCAGACAAAAGAAAUAACAAUACAACAAACAAUGCGGACCUUUCAUUUAGAAAAAAUGUUUAAGUUGUUCCAUUUAUGGACCUGGAAUUGGCCAGACGUCAAAAAGAAAUAACAAUACAACAAACAAUGCAAAAAUGUUCUUGAAAAACAGGAAAGGUAACAAGAUUAUCAUGCACACAAACCAUCCGUCGAAUAUCACGUGCACUUUGAGAACUACCGCGAUCAGCUUUCAUGCAUCGUCUCUUGCGUGGUCACGCCGGAAUUUUAUUUACCAAGCAAAACGAAAAUAGAGCGUAGUCUUAAUUAAGGCUCAACAGAGUGUAUCCAAAUCAGCCUGAAAGACUUAAAAGUGUAAAAAAAAUUGCAUCAUCUCAAACGAAAGACCAAUAUUUUCUGAAGCAUCCUACCUCGUUUUCCGCUGCACUGUCGGGUCCGGCCUGUUCUUCCCCCGAGAAAAGACGAGGACGAGGGAGGGGCGCAGGCUCCAGCACCGAACAGCGGCUGGUUAUUCGCAAUCGAGCCUACUUCCUAAAUGAUAGCGCGAACCAUUUCAUCUUUCAACCGGAAGUUCCGGUUUCCUUACAAUGUAUGUAAAUGGUGAGUUCCAUCUCAAAGAACUUAGAACUACAAUGUAUGGCUUAGGAGUGGACUACAUCAAAGAGGUUAAUACAUGGCCCAUAAUGUAAACAAGGUGGAAAAGACUUUAGGAUGCGAUUUGUACUUGAUCAUUUUUCCUACCUGCUAAAUCUACUUUUAGCUUUCGUACGUGAAUCCGAUUGAUAAACGAGCAAACGAACAAGCAGACAACAGCGAUAGAAACAAAACAGGUAUCGCCGCUUACCACUUCCAGAAAGAGUACAGAGAGUGAAAUACGACGAACUUGUAGACCCCCCUGUAAAAUCGAGUUUUGGUUAACCGGUUCAGUAAUUUCAAAUUUUCAUUUUGCUCCGUCUUUCCAUACUAUUUUAAAAUUAGCCUCUUGGGUAGAAGCUUGUGGCGACAGCACCUGAGGGGUGCUUAUUAAAUUGCACGGCAGCCCUCCAGUAAGUUUGUCUGGCAGGUUCUUAGCGAGAAAUCGAGCCUCUUAUCUGCCUCAGGUUGGCUUUAAGUCGGCAGGGUUAUCAAGCAAGAUACGAGACAGACUGAACUUGCUGUUGUGAAUUUAAAUGAAAGAUACAGCGAAGUUAUGUAAAAUUGGGUCAAGUUGUCGUACUCGCCUGCGGUUAAGUAUCAUGCUUCUGUGUUGUUAGUUUACUCUAGAACAAAGCGUCUUUGCAGUAUUUUAUGGUUCUAAAUUAUUGCUUUAGAAACCUUUUGAAUCUGAAUUAAACUUCUUUAAAAAUGUGUCAUUUUUGUCAGAAGAUCAGGACCCGUAAAGUUUGUGGCCGAGGUAAAAACGAGAACUUCCUUUUUAAAAAGAAGAUUACUAGUGCUGUUUGUCUAAACUACUGUGUGCUGUCAUUAAUAUUUCACUGUCUCCGGUUUAAUUGCAUGCUAAUUAUGAACCUCUCGUCGAGCUAAGAAUUUACGUCAAUUAUAAUUAAAAGUGUUGAAGUUGCCACGAGUCGCCUUCAAAGUGAUUAGGUUUUACAGCCUAUAAAUUUUCAGUCGACGCGAUGUCAAGCAUGUAAUGAGGAAAAGCGAUCUCCACUAAAAACUGGAACUCCCGCAAAUCUGACAAGUAAGAUUUCUUAAAGGUAUUUAAGAGUUUUAAACUUUUCAAAGUUCUGUUAUUCGCACAACACUGAGAAAAAGCUAAGAGACCGGCAGGUGUUUCCAAGUUAGAUUUUACUUCAAUUGCGGCGACGACAGUUCUUCCUGAAACGCCGGCCGGUGAAAAAGACAGCCAUUCAUGUUGUUGUUACUUGACCAAGUUCGACUGGCCUUCGUCUGAAAUGGAUGAGUACGUUGCGUGGAAACUUUGUUUUCACUUUGGUCUUGCUGACCGCAGACCAGGCUUACAGACGGUAUAAAUGUUGGAAGCAUUUCUUGCGGUUAGCAUUCGUUUUGUAGCUUAAGUGGUCUUUCGUUUUUGCAUACGGCAUUGAGAAAGUCAUUAACGCUUUUCACGGCAGGUGAAUUAGAUGAGGGAUCGAACCCGUAGCAAUUUGAGCUCUCUAUAUUCGUGCUGCGUGUUUUGUCUAAUUACCAUCCAGUUUCUAUCUUCAUAAUCAUUAUGAUAUUCUCCUCUUGGUGUUGGUCGUUUUAAGGAGCUGAAAAGUCCGACAUGAAUCUCCCCGAACGUAAGUGGCUAGCUGUUGUGUUUUGGCAGUUCGAUGAUACUGCCUGAUAAGUCACGGUGUAUCUGUCAUCGCUUAGCACGCGCGAAAUCGAAAAUUAUAGCACGGUGAUACAAAACUAUUGUAACCAAUUUUAACGAACGAAGUUGACAGGCAGUCGUAGCUGUUCUCAAACGAUCCUUGACACUUAUUUUAACGUAGACUUUUUGGCUAGUACAGAAACUUGGUUACAACAGUUUUCAAGAGCUCUUUUUUUCUCAUUACUUUUCGUGUCGACGUAGUGCGUUUAGUUUAAAGGAUAUAAUAGCAGAAACAAACCCCGGAAAAUUGAAUGAAUAUUAAAUGAAAAGCGCUAUUGAACCGAGAUUUUUUACGAGGCGGUGCUAGAAAUAAUGACCAGUGUAGAAACGAACAUAUUUCUUUUUGUUAAAUUUUUUCCCUUGCAGCUGUAUUCAGUAAACGGAAGACUACAAUUCCGAAUAUCUGUUCACUUCAUGGAAGAAAUUGAUUAGACAACCAUUACUCUGAUUUCAUUUUUGUGCUUUUGAUUAACAGCUUUCGUCAAUUUUUUAUAGAACAAUACAGUGUUAAGUAGGCUCUGUACGCAUUUAGGUAAUUUUCAAGUACAUGCUCCUUUGAGCGAGUAUUAGUAUGUCAUUCACACUGUUCCCUCUCUCUUAUCGUUCAGUGCUAUUUUGGUUUUCUUCGCGGUAUUUCGGAAUAUCAUUGUUUACUAAUUUCCUAGCAGUCUUUCUCAGAUUUAUUGUAGUUAUGUAUUUAACCGUAAACUGCGAAAUCUGAUUCCGAAAUGCAACAUUGUUAGACUUGUUAAUCACCAUGUCGGGAUUUAACAAAAGAAAAACAAGUCGUCGCCGGAAGCAAGAUACCUUAAGAAUAUGUAUAUAUUUAUGAUGAUUGGUGAAACAGUCCAGCACAUUUGCAUAAGAUGAAAGAAAAGAAUAUUGAACAGAAAAAUCAGGAAAUGAAUGAAAGGAAGGUUUGAGUCAGUGUAUACUGUACUGUAAAGUUAAGCCGGUUACACGAACACUUAAUUUCAGUCUUCCAAACGAAGAUUUGUCGUCUGUGGACAUUGCUGAAAAAAAAUUACUUGUGUAUUCAUGGGGAUGGAUACUUCUGACUAAAUCCCUGAUAUUUAAUUUAUGUUUGGUUUCCAUUACAUGUGGUUUGGUUGGUCUUUCGUGUUGUUCCUGCUGUUUAUUAGCUUGCUAUUUUUUCCACAAAAUGUCUGUGGACUUUCUAAGUUGAUAGUUUUACCGCCAACUCAGUUUGUUGUGAUGUUAUGGCCGUAAGAGACAAAAGGUAUACUAUUCAGAAGAGCAUGCAAUUCCGUCUCCCAUUUCUUAUUUAGCCUAUCAGGUCUAUCAGCUUCUUCGUUUUAACGACUCGUCGUUGACUAUGUCAUUGCAUCAGAUUUAAUUUUAUCCAAUAACAUUUCAACAGGUAAUAAAUCUUUUUUAGGAUUGAAGACUUCAGAUUUUUAAGGUUUUCCUUGCAAUGCUUUUAUCCUCUUACAGGAAAUUGUUGAAAUUUGAAACUGAGGGAAGCGACACUAUGGCAGCUUUCCGACUCAUUUUGGAAGCUUUGUUUUUCGUAAUCUUUUCUUUCGACCGACUAUUAUUUUCAUUGUGUCGCUUUCACACCUAACAUUGCAAGGGAACAUGACUGCUUCCGUCACUUUACAUAGCUUUGAGUCAAGGUGUCACGAACUCCCACAAACAUCCCAGACAGCAGUUUGGAAAAGUCACACUUCAACACCAUACUGUUCCGAUACUGUUUGUACUCGUAAUACUGGCCAAAAUGAAAACUUCAUUUAAAUAUGACGGGGCUUAUGAGUACAGAUUAAACCUAAGAUCAGGCAGCUUUCAUACUUUCUCAGCUUUCAUACUUUCUCCCAUAUAGAACGCGUCUCUUUUCUGCCCGUGGAUCUCUGCCGGGUGACCUUACGUAAUUCCUUCCUUCCCCUACCCCUCCCCCGCCUGACUGUUUUUCGUUUCCCUUCAGAGUUCGAGUUACCGGAGUUCUACUGUAUAUCUAGACCGAAAAAUGAUUUUUCUAACGUGACAGUCGCAAUGAAAAAGAAAACGGAAUUUUCACUCGUGUGUGUGUAACUGGCAAUAUGUUAAACCUACAACACUGAUGAUGUCGAUAGAACGAGAUUUUAUAUUAAGCCUUGGAAAAUAGAUGGAAUCGAAGAAGCUUUUCUCCUGCCAAUUAUUAUGUUAGAGACCUUUGCAUGAUCUGCGCCUGUUAAGGCGGCAAUGCGAGGCUUGAGUUUUGGAUUUUACAAGAACGACAUGCGUUGUAGAUCAUGUAGCGCUGUCGCUGAUGCACUGGUAAAUGGCUUAUCAACAGAGUGGUGAAUUAGGCUGAUUAGGUUCUUCUCCAGAUUACUGAAGAUAUUCUAGGAGACAGCAGUAACGUGCAUCGUUACUCAGUCUCUUGUGUCGAAAUCAUAUCACUGAUCAUGUAGCGCCAUCACUAAGGCGUAUGUGUUUGAACUCUAUCCUUAAAUGUUGAGUUAUUUGUGCUAGGGGUACUUAAAGAAUGAUAAUGAUCAAACGUGCGCGUUAGUGUUUAACUCAGCUGUCCGACAUAAAGCGGAAAGAGGGUCUUAACCAGUGCUGAACCAUGAACUAACCUUUCAGUUUUCUUGUCGACAUACGGUCGAUCUGACUUUCAUUGAAUCACUGCAGCACAGGUUUUAACUGUCCGUAUAGUUAAGGCGGCAUUGUAGGACUUACCAUUCGCAGACUCUGAUCAGACCCUGAUCUUGGCCUUGCGUUAUGCACUCGAUCCCCGGGACUCGAUCUUCUUCAUUGUUCACGUAAUAUGUGUAAGGUGAUAUUACACGGGACUACUUGCAACAAACCUUUACUUUCAACGACGCUUGUUAGUGCAACCCAGCGUUGCAAUUUGCGUUGCAGUGUUGGAACAACGUUGCAACCAUUCGAAACAAUGUCAUGUUACGAUCGGUUCCAAUGCUGUGUUGCACAAAAAUCGUAAUUGACAAUCGUUGCUUGUGUAAUAUCGUCUUAACACGCUGUCUUUUCACCCACAGCAUGGUAUGACUGCCCUUAUUUGGGCAUCAGGACGCGGACACACAGCAGUUGUUAAUCAUUUACUCGAUGCUGGUGCAAAUCCUGACGCCGCUGACAAGGUGAGAGAAACCUACCAACUCUCAGUCACGCAUUAUGCUUGAGUCUCAUGUCUGUAGCCUCCCACGCAGGCGUUUUUAUGGGAGGGAUGGAAAAACGAGCUCCCCUAAAAACGCCUGCGUGGGAGGCUACAUGUCUGCGGACCAAAUUAAAAGCAUCGAUGUCACGCAUCAAGGACAAUUUCCCACGCCUGACUCAUAAAUCCGGACGAAUUGGCAUUUAACACAUGAUCAAUAAAGGAAAUUCAAUUCCGGCAAUUUCCACAAAAAUAUUUCAUAAAGGGGCUUAAUGUUGACUUUGUGUCGUAAUUCUUUCAAAACACGCUAAAAAUGGGUCGCCUUUCAAAUGGCUUCGGAGGUGCUUAAAGUUCGUCGGAACAUCCUCGGAGAUUUUCGGAAACGUUCGUAAGUCUUCGGAAAAUUGUCGGAAAUCCUUGGAAGUCGCUGGGACGUUUUCGGAAAUUCCAAGACAAAAAUCUCUUCUGACUGAGAAAAAGGUUGGCAGGUAUUCUGUGUUGCUGAUGAAGUCAGAAUUCUUGUAACUUUUUCUCGGAAUUGUGAUUUGAUAUUGUUGGGACUGAGAAAAUUGAUGCUGUUGGUCCCUCAUAGGACCAGGAGCCCAUCAUAGGCUCCUGGGGGUCUUCAUUUUUAUAUGCGCGGAACAGGACUUCUUGGUAGUGAUCUUACCUGCGUCGAAGCUUUCACCUGGAGUGUCUUCCACAAGUCUCCAUAAGUUUCUCUCGAUCUCUUAAACUUUAGACGAUCUUUUCUUGUUUGCUCAAGCUGAGCUGUUUUGUCACCUCUCUUUGUUUGAAGAAAAGCGUGAAAUUAUCUAUGCCCUGUUUAAGCAUAAAGCGAGAUCUGUACCAGGAUUUAUUUACAUAUCUGUUAAUUUAUUUUCUUGUCUGUUCUUGUAGUUUGGGACGUCAGCUUUAGUUUGGGGCUGCAGGAAGGGACACUUAGGAGCUAUCAAAAGUCUUCUCAGUUGCAACGCAAACGUCAAUACUGCAAGCAAUGUAAGUGUCGCUAUUGUUAUUUACUGAAGAACCAGCCUGCGAACGUUCUAGCCUGCGUUGCAGGCGCUAGGAAAUAAAUGGGCGCAAGAAAGAACGGGCGCAAGCGAGGGAUACACGCACGAUCGUUCUGGCCUGCAAGCAAGCUUUCGUGCGAAGUCACUCGCGAGCGGCACGUAUAAGGAGAUGCGAGAGGGAGGGGCAAGAAAAAUUGCAAUCGGCACAAAGUCGUCGGAUUUGCUCGCAGGUCUCAGUUUACCAGCUUCUCAUAUGUGUACCCAUAACAGCAAAUUCGAAGAUUGUGGGCCGAUUGCAACUGGCGCAAACAAUCAAAUAAGCCAAUCACAAGUCAGAAUCCGCCAAAGAGACCAAUCACAUCCCAGCAUCUAGCAAAGAAAGCAAUAAAAACUAAGCAUUCCCAUAAUACAUAGAGCUGACUUAAAACGCGGGACAAUACAUGGAAACAAGUUUGCUACUGGUUUUGAUUGCGGUUACGAUUGGUUACUGAGAACAUGGACUCAUAUAUUGCAGUGAAUUAAAAGACGCCGCAUAAUCCUGCCACUUAUCGUUUUAAAUGUUUAAUUUUAUUUGUUAUUUCAGCGAGGUUGGACUCCAUUAAUCAUGGCAGCUAAAGGUGGAUACACGGAAGUUGUCGACUAUCUGUUGGAUCGAGAUCCUCAUAUUAAUGCUACAGAUCAGGUAAACAGCCCUCACUCUUCAUCCUAGAAAGACAGGGUAGAGCAUUUGUUUAAGAACUGUAUUCAUGAUGAGGACUAAUUAAGUCGUAACUUCUAUUGCUCUCGCCACUGUACUAGCGACAUGCAUUAGCUUAGUCAACCACUUGCAUACCAUACAGAUUUCCCUACAACACAGCAGUCUCAUUAUACAUCAGUCAAUUCCAGCUGCGCUCUUCUUUCCUGGGGAACUGCGGUGUGCGGCCCGGCCUGUCUAUCUUAAGGGGCAGGCGCAUCAGGAAAUUUUGAGAACCUCGGGGUCCGACAUUAGCUAAUCUAGUGGCCACCCCUGUGGUUUUUACGCUGUUUCCGCCGACUCGAAAUCCAGUUAACGCAGUUCAAAUAACAAAAGAAAUAUUGCAACCUAAUGAAAAGAAGAUUACAUUGUUGCUCAAAUUUUACUAGCUAAGCCUGGCAUACACUAACUAACGUCAUUUUUCUUUCUCACACACUUGACAGGAGGGAAACUCGGCGCUAGCCUGGUCUGCUAAACAUGGGCAUGAAGAAAUUGUACAGCGGCUUCUCGCCAGAGGAGCUUACUUUAACUUGCCGGACAAAGUAAGUUAACUUGUUAUCCGUCUGUCAGUUUCUGCAUGGCUGUUUCUUCGGUUUUUUCAUCAACACAUUCUGAUCAAAACUAUAACCGACAAUGAAGGGGACGCUACCAAACUCCUCUCCUGUACUUUUAAACCAGUGAUCGAUAGAUCUGUAGAGGCUUCGUUAACGUUAGCCUGCGAACCGCAGACGCAUUUCCGCUCGCUCAAAGCGACGACCGGAAAUGCGUCUGCGGUUCUCAGGCUACGUUAACGUUGACCUGGUCGUAUUCUACGCGUUGCUAAGUAACAAUAAUGAGGUGAACUCGGAAACAACAUCGUUCCCAGAUCUCUAUUCUUCCCGACUUCUGGAAGAAGAGAGACCGUGGAAAGCAGGUUGAUUCAAGAACUCAUCGGCUCCUGUCGGAUGUUGGUACAAAACUUUGCCGACUGAAUCGAGAACUCAUCGGGUGUUGGUACGAGGCUUUGCCGACUGAAUUUUGAGACGAACUACAGAUAAACCUGUCAUGAUCUGGUUCACGCCCGGCCCUUGAUUUUAUAAGUGGCGGGAGUGUUUUAUGUUAGCAGCAUCUUAAGUUGUGCUCAAACCGGGUUUUCUUUUUCUUUUUGUCAGCUGAGUUUUAGAGUUUUAAUUGAAUUUGUUUUUUUCUUGUCACGAGUUGGCGAGAAUGGCGAAUAUCUAGAUAGAUUCUGAGUGUUCAUUAAUUUAUUCUAUUACUUGGCUACAAUUCAGUGUUAACUUUUAUUGCAGUUUAUUUUUAUCAUAAAAAAAUAAUGACACCACAUAAAUUUGAUGACAUCACUUUAAUUUCCUGCAAAGUUACUGAAUAGAUAUGAAACUUGAAUGUUCGAGCGUCUCAGCGGAUCGAAAUGCGAGAAGAAGAUUUCUACAAAAAGCUCAAUGGAGCUUGCUUAAAAUCUUCCGGCCUUAUGUUUCUUGAUAUUAUUAUCUUAUGUUAAGCCUAAGAAAUUUGAUGUAAAGGAUGUAAGGCAAAUAAAGAACAUCUUGAAGAUGCCGGGAGAUUCUUGAACCAACUGGCUGUCUCACUUGCAUGCCGUAAAUGUCACAAGAGCCUCGUAAAAUAUGCCUGUCACGUCUUUUUCAAUCUCUGUUCUUCACUGUUCGCAGAAACGUCUUUCUCUGUAAACCAACAAUAACAAUUCGCGUUUUCAUAUUAAAAUGCAAAACAAUGAAAAGUUUAAAAAUGCCCUAAGUUAAAGUACCUAAUUCUAAGAAGAUAACAGAUGUGUAGUUUUUGUCAUUGUUAAUAGCGAACAUUUUAGUUGAUAAAAUCUGACAUGUCAUGGUAUAGUGAUUUAGAACGUGAACAUUUGUGCCUGGAGCGGACACAAGCUGUUUUCUUUCUGUGGCUUCUGUUGGCGUUUAGAGUGACUUGAGAAUGCGUUUUGACAAGAAAAAACUUUUGUUAGUGUUUAUUGAGUAACUUAUGGUAAGUAUUUUAAAACAAUUGUGUGUUCGAAAGUAUUCGACGAUAUCUUCCGUUAUUUUAAAUCUGCGUGUCCUAAUUUUGUAACGUGUUUCAGCUCUUUUCUCUGCUUUCUUUAAGUGGCUUUUAAAAAAAUUCUAAUUGAUUGAAAUAAUGAAGUGGAACGAAAGAAUAGUUGUCUUUCGUGAAGCUCUGUAAAGAUGCCCGUUUUCCUUGCUUCUAACAGUGUUCAAUUCCCUUGGAUUUCAGGAAGGCGAGACCGUCCUAAUUUCAGCCGCAAGAGAUGGACAUCUGGAGGUGGUUCGGACUCUACUGAGUAAAUAUGCAGAUAUCGAGGCUGCGGAUGGGGUAAAUGGCUGUUUUAUAGCAUAAACUUUAACACUGAAAUGUCAACACGCUUAUUGAUCGACAAAUCCUUCCUAAAGUAGGUCACCCUUUCAAGCAAAAACAUUAAAAUCAAGAAACAGCUGAUGUUUAUUUACUUGUGCAGAGCAUUGUGACCUCCUAUGGCUAUUACAAGCACGACUGUGCGAUUUUCUGUGCAGAAUGUUUGCUUUAAAAUUUACACUACUGCACUCUCCGACACCUGCUGGCACAAACAAGAGUAGUGAUUUGUCAGUUAAACGCCUAUUUGGGAACAAACUUCUGUGGCUUGCCGGUGGGUUAGAGUAAUGUUUUCUGUACCUAAUGUUUCGUCGCUGUUCCGCGCGAAGACCAACUCGUAUGAACACCAGAGGAAACUUCGCCAGGUCAGUCUUAGGUCUUGAAAAUUGCAUCUUCAAAUCUUUGCCGCCUGUAGAAGAAACAGAUAAAACUUUGUUGAGUAUUGUUUUGACCGCCCUUUAGAUUAUUGGUCGCUAUCAGCCUUUCGUUAAAACACAGUUAAAAAUGGCGAUUUCGCUGCCUGUCUCAGCGAAAAUGUUGUCCAGUAACGGUGCUUUCGAAAUGUCCGUUGUUCAAGUGGGACUUCUGCGCUGUUC